UUACUUUCAGUUUUGCUUAGGCUGUGUGGUCGCCUGAUCGGAAUCGCGCCAUGUUACGUAUCAAAAGUCACUUAACCUGCGCUAUUUGCUUCGAACGUUUCGACACACCGGUGAAGCUGCAAUGCGGACACACGUACUGCGAAAGGUGCAUCCAGCAGUACUUCUCUGGCGGACAAGAAGAGCGGGUUUGUCCGCAAUGCCGUACAGUGUGCACUGGCCCGGCCAUCCCGGACUACGCACUAAGGAGCCUGGUUACUGACCCGACUUUAUUAGAACAGGUGCCUCCAAUAACAGAAAUAAACCGAGACAUCAGGAAAGCCUUUAACACAGGCUCAGGUGAGUCACUUGCAGUCUGUGUUACUGAACAGUUCUCUAUGAGCAGUGGAGUGUGUCAUAUAUUUCGAAAGGAAUUCAAUCAAGUAGAGGAGCUCAAAAAACAGGGUAAGAAAAUUGGAGAAGUAGCAGUACUAGAAAAUCAAGGACGGUUUCUUUAUUAUCUGGUCACAAGAAGUAAAUAUAAUUGGAAAGCUAAUUAUGAAGACCUGGAGAAGUGUCUUAUAAUGAUGAAGGAGCAUUGUCAACAACAUGGAGUCCACAGCCUGUCAAUGCCCAGGCUGAGUUGUGGAAAGGAUGGACUGAAGUGGACAAUUGUUUCAUCACUUAUCAAAAAUGUGUUUACUGGCACUGGAAUCAACAUUACCAUUUAUUACAUUGACACUUAAGACAAGUGCUUAAAUGAGAACUACUACUGUGAUGAGCCUUCUUCUGCAUAUCUUGAAAUGGAGAGAUGGAACUAUUGUAAUAUUCAAAAAAUAUCUCUUUGAUCAGCAUUAAUCUAUAUUUUACCACAGAAUGCUGUUUGUAUGGUAAGGAUUAUACAUACAUAGCAGUAAAAUCCUACAUCAGGUCAGGCAGAGGUCUCAGAUACUCAUAAAACAAUAUGGGAGAUAAUUUUUGUGGGUUUGGAUACACUCCAAAAUGUAAGAAAAAU